ACGGCCCUCUGCAGCGGCAGUGGGCUUUUAGUAAGCUAAAAGGAGGUCUCCGGGCGAAGUAAGAAGAGAGAGAGAGAGAGAGAAGAGUCGCCGAAAACAAAUGGGGUGGGUCGGUGAGACAAUGGACUCCAUCAAAUCCCUUCAGAUCCGCCAGGUUCUAACGCAGGGUGUCAGUCUCGGCAUGAUUGUUACAUCUGCACUAAUAAUCUGGAAGGCAUUAAUGUGCAUUACUGGCAGUGAAUCUCCUGUUGUUGUCGUCCUUUCUGGGAGCAUGGAACCUGGCUUCAAGCGGGGGGACAUCUUGUUCUUGCACAUGAGCAAAGAUCCUAUUCGUGCUGGGGAGAUUGUUGUUUUUAAUGUUGAUGGUCGCGAGAUUCCAAUUGUCCACCGUGUAAUUAAGGUCCAUGAGCGAGAAGAUACUGGAGAGGUUGAUGUCCUCACAAAAGGAGAUAACAAUUAUGGAGAUGACAGGCUUCUGUAUGCUCAUGGUCAGCUCUGGCUUCAACGGCACCACAUAAUGGGAAGAGCUGUGGGGUUCCUACCUUAUGUUGGCUGGGUGACAAUUAUCAUGACUGAAAAGCCAAUAAUAAAGUAUAUUCUUAUUGGUGCAUUGGGGUUGCUCGUUAUAACAUCCAAAGAUUGAAGACUAAAGCGAAUUCAAGCUGUGGUUGAUCUCCAAUACAAAAACUGUUUAGCAGCUGCCGUAGACAUUCGACAAGCUACAUUUUAAAGAUUAAUUGAACCAGAAUAGUUGGUUGAAGUUUUUUUGCCUUAAUCUAAAGAGUUUGACUGCUGAGAGAGAUAUAUAUUACCAAUAUAAAAUGUUUAUGAGUUUGCUGGCUAAUAAAGGUGUCUCUUCAAAGGGUUUGAGACAAGGUGAUCCGAAAGUAAGGGAAACAUCCAUGAUGAUGAUCCUUGCCUAUAAUAAAGACCGGUGUUUAAACGGUA